UCUUCUUCAGAGUUCAGAGGAUCCAGUAAUGAAUAUAGCUUCGAGAAUUCGACGGAGUUUUUUCGGAGAGAAGACGAAAUCUUCUGAUGGGAAUAGCUUGGUGAGUGGAUCGAGUGUUAAAGGAGAAGGUAAAGAUGAGAUUUUGGGAGUAACUGAUGAGUUAAUCGAUCAUGUCAGAUCGUUCACCAUUGAUACGUUUAAGGACUUCUCUCUUGAAGCAGAUGAAGAAGAAGAGGAAGAAGCGUCUGUGAAUACUUUGGGAGAUGAAGAUAAUGGAAUGAGUUCAUCUGCUAAUGUGAAGAAGGAUUUGUCUGAUUGGCAGGAGAAACAUGCGGUUCUUGUGUUAUCGAAAUCGAAGGAACUCUCACAGCUGAGAUUCAAGUUAUGCCCGCGAGUUUUAAAGGAACAUCAGUUUUGGAGGAUAUAUUUCCAGCUUGUGAGGAAGCUUGUGGCAAAAUAUGAGGUGCUAGCAAUCCAACAGGCUAACAUAAGGAGGAUGGCCAUGGAAGACAGUAAAACUUCUGAAACCAAAGGUGUAUAUGAAGUUGAAAUGUCAGAAACGAAGCAAAGGUUGGGUACAGGACCUGCAACUCCGUGAAGCUUGUGU